AUGUCGAAUUAUUACGAUUUUGUUAACCCAACGGCGAAUACAUUCCAUUCGCUCGAUCCGCGUUUAAAUUAUAAUUUAAAUAAUCAAACUAAUAAGGACUCGCUUCUACAUUUUGCCGAAAGUCAAAAUUUUGAUUUAACUUUACCAUUAAAAGAAAUCGUUGAUCAAAAAACCGACGAUGAAUUAUUCAUCGAAACUUGGCUAUCGAAAAUAGGAAAAAUCCAAAUCAAUUUAGAUUCAACAAUAAACAUCACACAAACACAACCAAAAAAAGUAUCACAACCUCUUAUUAAAUCUCCCAUUAAAAUAAGCUCAGCAAAGCAAUCGUUAAAGAAGUGUUUGGAGAUCAUCGCAAAGCUUGAAGAAACCCAACUUGAAUUAAAAUCAAAUGUUGAAACAAUGUCGACAAACGAUUGGAAACGAAAAACUGUUGAAAUUGGAAACUUAAAGCACGAAUUUACCACAUUAAUGGCACAAUUUGAAACUCAUUCUUUAAAACAAUUAAAACGGAUUGUUUCUAAACGCUCUAAAAAACGUUUAGCACAAAAAUCACGAAAAGCUAAUAAAAAAUUGGAAAGAAAUUUGAGGUUAGAAAACCACCGGAAAGCUCAUAAAGAGAUUGACGAUUGGUUGGAAAACAUGAAAGACACAGUCGAACGUGCUAAAGCUGAAGAAAACAUGAAAAAGGAUGCAGAUUGUGUUUUAGCUGAAGUGACUAAAAAGAAAUCGGAUGCUCGAAAACAACUCUCAUUAAUUUCCGCUUUGAUUAAAUUAAGAAUGGUUCGUGAAAAUAUUUGUACACAACGCGGUGAGAAAACUUCCCUUGAAGAUAAAUCUGCUUUUAAUAUUACAACGGAACGCUUAACGAAUAUGUGGGAGGACAUGUCGAAGGUUUACGCAAAAGAAGAACAAGGAUUGAAGGUUAUGUUAGAAAAAAAUGCUUCUGGUGAUCAAUUAAAUGGUCUAAAACGGAGUGAUCAGUUAAUUCGCGAUUGGGAACGAUGCAUUUUUGGACCUAAAUUUGUUCCAAAUCAAGCGUAUUAUGGAUUAACUUCAGCCGAAAAGAACAUGGAAACGUUUAUUGCUAUACGAAAAAGUUGGGACACUUUUCUUGAUAGAAGUAGUGAGGGUGAGGGUGCAAAAAUUCCAAUCGGUUGGGUUUUACCAAAUGAAAACGCUCUGGAUGGAUGGACCAAAUAUUUGUGUGAAGGAAUUUAA